AUGCCUACCACCACAGAGAACGCGCGCGCCCUGGCCCCGACGACACCCAAGCGCGUCCUCGCCGCCAUCCACAACCUCCCGCGCCGCAUGCGCAGCGGCACCCUCCGCAACAACGUCGCCCAGGCACCGCCGCCACCGCUCCCCCCGCUUCCUGCGCAGCACACCCAGGCCCGCGCCUCCGCCUCCGCCAAGGGAAAGGAGAACACCCCGCCGAGUAUGCACGAGGCGGCGCCCAACCCGCCGCGCCGCCGCCGCCCUGCGCCGCUGCUGCCCAAGUCGUCCAAGCACGUGUUUGGGCUCGGGAUGAUGGGCCUGGCGUCCCCGCGCGACCUCGACGCGCCCUCCCCGCCUGCCUCCUCCGCGCGCUUCCCCCUCCCCACAUACACCCCCAACGCGUACACCCCGAGCGCGAACACGGUGCACGAACCGUGGGCGGUGCGCGAGGGGCGGAUGGUGGUCAAAGUGUGGGUGCCGACGACGGACGACAUCUGGAAGGUGCGCGUGCCGGCGGACGCGGGGCUGGGCGCGUUCGGGGCGGCGGUCGCGGCGAAGGUCGGGUUUGAGGUGUCGUUCUCGGCGGUCGUGGAGGGGCGGCUGCGCGCGAUCGGCGACGAGGAGGCGUGGCGGCGGUGGGUCGCGGGACGGGUGCGUGAGGGGCGCAAUACGCUGCUGACGGCGCACCGGCUUGAGCUGCUGUGA